AUGGAUUCCAACAUUGCAAAUGGACACAAUAUGUCAGGAAUCGGGGUAAAUUCUCCCAGUGUCCAAAAUGUCAUAUACGGAUUUCUACUGAUAUUAGUCUCUGCAUUCAUUAUUACUAUUAACGGAUUGCUACUAUUUGUUAUAUGGUCAACAAAGUAUCUACAUAGGUGUCAGAAUGUAUUCGUCGUGUCUUUGGCGAUAAGUGACAUCCUAAGCGGAUUUGUGGAAGGCCCAUUUCUUGCUUAUGUUAUUUUGAAUCGCCCUGACAAAUUCCAUGCGUGUCCAGUGGAGUUUUUUGUGAAUCAUUUUACCAAAUCUUCCUUCUCGUUCAGUUUAAUGAUGCUGUCACUAGAAAGGUGCCUUGCUGUGUCGCGACCUCUGAAAUAUCAAAGCCUGGUUACGGAUCGUUCCUGUACCAUUUCUGUUGUCCUUAUUUGGAUGUUAUCGGCUCUUUUUGCGUCAGUUCCUCUAUUCAGGAACCGCUUCAUCUAUGAUAAACAUAACCACAAAUGCAGCUUUGAAUCACACGCCUAUGGGUAUACCAAAAACACAAUAAUUGUGUACAUUGUUCUAUCCAGAUUCCUGCCAAUGUUUGUGAUUUUGGUUUGCGUCAUGGUGACGCUGAAUAAAGCGCGGAGCAGAUUCAAAUUUACUGCAAGCAUAUUAGCAGCUGUUCCAUUCACAGUGACUCCUGUUGUAUAUCCUCUCAACCUGAAGAAAAUCACAUUAAAAGCCCUUCGGUCCCUGUUGCAUUUGUCUAUAGCAUUUUCUGUAUUGACCAUUGUUUGUUGUACAUCAGGGAUUCAAAAAAUAGUUCAGAACCUUGAUUUCCCACCAGAAUAUGAAAUGGCUUUACAGUUUAUUUCUUUGUCGUAUUAUUUCAUCACGCCAGUGAUUAUUCUCAUAUUCAACAAACAAUAUCAAAACAGGAUUGUUUUUCUGAUCUGUAAGCGAGGCUGGAGGACAAGUAGGGUUGGACAAGAUCCAUUACCGACUUUAAACUACAUUUUUUGGCAUCAUUACAUUUUAUUUGUUGCACUUGUUAUAACAUUUUUUUCACCAAAACUUGGUCAAGAAAAAUAG